AUGUUGUCUAACGAUCCAAACUCGAAUGUCAAGCUUUCGGCUGACAUUCUAUAUUUCGUCUUCUCUCAUACUGACCGACCAACACUACGUAAUUGCAGACUCCUCAGCCAUUCAGCCUGCUCGGUAGCAACGCCGUCGCUCUUCCGCCGUCUUCGGCUCUCCGCUGCUGAGGGUGAAGCAGAACGCUUCCUUCAGGUGGCGCAGAAUGACUCGCUUCGGUGCCACGUGCGGGAGAUCAUCAUUGACACAAACGUGGGGGGUGACUUUGAAUACCGUCACAAUGCGUCGUAUGAGAUACCGGCACCUUUCAUGAAGGCCUUGCCGCAUCUGCGCUUCUUCUCCAACCUCAAGGCUCUCGGCGUUGACUUCAAUGAGCACUGCGGCGGGGAUGACUACGAGGACCGCACUUGGGUGGCCGUAGAGGAGACGCAUGAUUUCCGCUACCGCGUCUUGCAGACCAUCUUUGAGAGCCUCGCUGGCACAUGGACCGCAGAGCGCCAGCUGGAGAUUGACGAGGAAGCGAACCUAGACUGGGAUUUUGACAACGCAAAUGGCGAGGAAGAUGACGAGCCCGAUAACUCUCUGAUGCCAGCCAUUCCCAUCAAGCUACUCGAGGUGCACAACCUGGAAGGGUUCAACGACGAGCGACUCACAACCUCGGAGGCUUUCCGCGCAGUGAUCGAUUCCGGCACCAUCACCUGCCUCAAGCUCUACAUUGUCCUUGAGGAGCAUAAUGACGAGGUGUUCAAGCAGCAUUAUGACUUCUUCGAUACCCUCCAGCAGACCUGGCUCUCCCCUUCGCUUGCAGCCAACUUGAAGGUGCUCUCCCUCUACUGCAUGGACCCGUGGGGGUGGAACCCCAAGAUGGACUUCCGCACAGUCAACCAUUCGCAGGGCGGGUUCCCCAAGCUGGAGACGCUGACUCUCGGCAACUACGUGCUCAGCCACGAGUGGCAGAUUGACUGGAUCAUUAACCAAGGCAGAGAAAGCGGCGGUCUGAAGAAGCUGUAUCUCGACCAAUGCUCUGUGCUCCACAAGGGCAACAUUCCAGGCCCGCUGCCCGGGCCCUCGACCGUCCUCGGGCAGGACGCGCAGGGGAACGACAUCGAAGUCUCGAAUGACAAUUACCCCCGCAUCGACAUCAUGAAGCGCUACAACGGAGAAGGGACAGGCAUGGUCGAGAUAGUUCCCGAGCUUCGGUGGUCCCAUAUCCUCCAGCGUUUCCGAGAAUCCAUGCACUCCCUCAAAAUCUUCGACGUGAUGUCGCAGAUUGAGAUUGAAUACGACUACGACUCAGAGGAGCUGUACCGCCAUGGUGUGCUGGAUGAUUCAGAUCCCCGGUUCUACUCGGGUCGAUUCUCGAGGCGUGAGUGGGAGGAUGUCAGGCUUUGUUAUUCCGAGUGUGAUGGCCCAUUCUGGAAUCACGAUGCUGGGCCGAACCCGACGGAAGAUGAGUAUGGACCGGAGGACGAGGAGGUAUUGAGGCAAUUUUUGGACGAGAUUGUAGGUCGUCACGGAGGCGAAAGGCCUUCUUACAUCUAA